AUGAAUAUAGUUACGUUAUUAUAAAAGUAAGAGAGAACAAAGAAAGAUGUGUAAGCAUUGAUGGAGUGUUUAGGAUAAGUAAAGUAUUUAAACUAAUUGAAUAAUGGUCAAAAGUUAUAUUAAGCAACAUUGAAGGGAUUUGCUGAGAAAGCAACACUAAUUCGAUAUGAAAAAGGUAAGCUAUUGAUUGAUUAAUAUAGAAUAGGACACAUUAUUUGGAGGGAUGGGAUUAAAUAGGAAAAACUAUUUAUAAUAUUGAAUGGAAGAGUGUAGGAAUAUGUAUAAUUAGAUGAUGAGGAAAUUAAUAAGAAGAGAAGAGAUCUAAUUCAACGUUAUCCUGAGUGUUAAAAUCUAUUCAUUAAUAAGCCAGGAAGAAGAAUAGUGUAUGAAUAUGAGAGUGAAUCAACUGAUUUAAUUAAAGCUUCAAUUAAUGAUAAUAUGAGAAGAAGAAGAAGUCUUGUAUUUGAUAUCACUUCCAUGGUUGAUGUACCACUUAUAAGGAGUUCAUCUGUAAUUUAGAAGAAUGUAUAACCAUUCUCAACAAUUACAAUUAAUGAAGUAUACAAUAUUAUAUAAUCUAUUUAAGGCUCCAUUAUCAUAUAUGAUAGUAUUAAGUAGAGAUGUAAGAGAAUGUCUAAGAGAAGUGAAGUUGAUAAAUGAUUAUCAUUUAUAAUACUUCAUUUAAGAAUUUGUUUUAGCAGUAAGAUAAGGUAGAAUGUUUUCACAUGGAGAUUUGUUGAACUCUGAUAUCUCUAAGAAAAAGUUUGAUAAUACUUUAUUAUGUCUUGAAGACACUAUGAUUAUGUAAAUUGGCUUAGAAGAUUAUCAUAAUAUUGAAAUUCACUUGAAUUAAAGAAAAUAAUAGAAAAUUUGGGAUUUAAUUUAUUCUGGGUUGUUUGGAAAAAGUAAAGUCAAUUAGGAAGAUGUAAAUCAAAUUAUGAAAGUGUUGGUCAAUAAAUAUACUUCCAAAAAGUACACAUAAUACAACAUAGUCUAUAUUCAAGGGGAAGUUUAAAAAUUCAUAUACAUUGUUAAAGAAGGAGAAUUUCAAUUAUCUUUUGAUAAUUAAGAAAGUGUAUUAUAAUCUGCUACUGUGAUUGCAAAGGUAAGUUAAGGAUGUCUAUUAGGUGAAGAAUCCUAUACAGCAAAUAGACAUAUUUUUAAAUGUAAUAGUAUAUCUUCAAAGAAUAAAUUAAUUGGUUUAAGUAUUCAUGAUUUAGAAGCUUUGGGACAUAGAUUUGUUUGGUUUAGAGACUUGUUGAAGAAUAAAGAGAGAAUUAAAUAAUAAUGGUUGAAGACAAGAAUGAAUGAAAAUGUACAUUUCAGUAUUAAGUUAAAUGAAAAAUAAUAAACUUUUGAAGAAGAAAAAAAAUUGUUAUCUGAAUUCAUUAUGCCUGAUCCAGCAAUUCAAAUAACAUAAUUUUAAAGAUUGUAACCUAGUCGUCCUUAGAUGGUCACACCUUCACCAUUAAAACGACCUAAAUUAAUUAAAAAUAAUAAUUAGAGGAAUAUUAAUACUAGUAGAAAUAAUAGCAAGGGGAGUACUAAGAAAUUAGAGAAUUUGAAUAUAUUUGGAAAUGAAAUUUUAUGUGAAUUAGGUAUUGGUAAAAUAGCUACUUAAAAUACUAAGAUUAGUAGUUUUGAACCAACAGAUCAUUCACUAACUUAUAGAGAUACUAGCAGACUCUUACUUAAAAAAAUUAGGAGAGCAUCAAAUUAUAAUUCAUCUUAACCAGUUUCUCAUAGAGAUAAUAGUACUAUGACUAAUGAAAUUGAUAUUGUUCCUAUGAUGAUGAAUAUGAGUAAGAAUUAACUACAAUUCUUAAAAACUAUGGUAGGUAAGUUUAAUUAUAAGAAUUCUCAUCCUACUGAGUGUCUAAAUUAAUAAAGUACUCCUGUUUUCAUACAAAGUAUUUAUCCCAAAAAGAUUGUAAGAAGAACAUGGUAAGGGUAUGAUUGA